AUGUCCUCCUCCUCUCAUUCUUCAGCUUCGCCGCCUGCGGCAUGUGCCCAUCUCACGGGUAUCAUGUCUCUGGAGGAACCACGUAGUCUUCCGAAUAAACCUCGCACUGUGCUCUUAAAUGCUGGGAUCUACGUUGGACCUGGAAACGAUGAUUUCUGCGUGGGUCUACUCCGCUACUAUAAUGACCAGAACAUCAACUUCAAGAAAGAUGGUGAUCUGUAUUUCGUUACAGCCAAGGUUGUUAAAAUGCGAGAAGAUGUAGACAUUCUCUCUCAGGAUUUCGAACACAAAGAUUAUGAUGUGUCUGGAGAUAUCAUUGAGAUCAUCCCCAUCGUGAAUGUGAAGCGUAACGAGAAGGCUUACGGUCGCCGUCGAUGCCUCUUGACCGCAUCUGGUUCCGUAUCGUCUGUAGAGAAAGACGCAUUUUUGUUCCUCAUGGAGGCACGUCAAUGGACUAACCUUGACCAUGACGGCGUGCUCCCAAUUACUGCGAGGAUCGCUGAGAAGUCAAAGUGGCCAAAUCGAGCGAAAGCUCUGCCCAAUAUUUUCAGCAUAGUCACGUUUACGGCGCCUUUGGUUGAAGUUGAACGAGACGAGGAAGAUCAACCUACUCGAUUUGUCGUGGACAUAGACCGUCAUCUAGACUUCCUCGGUGUCAAUUCUUCCCUUGCAAGUAGUUCAUCUUCCCCUGAACGUUCGCCUAAGACCCCGAAAGGACGGAGAAUGUUGAGGUUCCAUGUCGGCGGCACUGAUGCUGCGUCGUCUCCGACUCCGAGUCCCCGAGCCCUAGAGAAGAGACGUGCGGAAGACAGUCCUGCGGACGAUAAGGCGGUUUCGGAUGCAGAAUCUUCAGAUGCAGUACUACCCCUUGCUCAGCGCAAGAAACCGAGGACGUCGCAGUCCCGUAACAGCACUGCCCAUGAGGAACAGUCUUCGCCUUUGACGCAAACCUAA